ACCCCUUUCAGCAGCGACAGCUGCUCCAGCUGCUCGGGGUCGAGCGCCGGAGCCCUGGUGGUGGCUGCACUGGCGGUGGGCGAGCGGAGGGGAGCACCAAACCACCAGCUCAGACUGCGGCCCGGGAGUGGCCGCCCGUGGGAAACCCGGACGCGCUGGAGCUGCCUGCAGCGGGGAGGCGAGGACCGGGGCUGGGGUUCCGCACGGGAGUAUUCUCAUAUCCCAUAACUUCCAUGGCCUGAAAUCUGAGUGUUCCACCAAGAUAAUAUGAUAGGAACUUUCAGUGAUUUGGAGCCAUAUCCUACUUAGACUAAUGUGGGCCUUCCAGAUUUCCUGAGAGCUUGGUACAGAGCACACUCUGCUUGCUAAUCAACACAGGCAAUAAUGCCAUCUCUGCCUCAAGAGAGAGUUAUUCAGGGACCCUCACCCCUGGAUCUGAAUACAGAAUUGCCUUAUCAAAGCGCAAUGAAAAGGAAAGUCAGAAAGAAGAAAAAGAAGGGAACAAUUACAGCAAACGUUGCUGGGACAAAGUUUGAAAUUGUUCGUUUAGUAAUAGAUGAAAUGGGAUUUAUGAAAACUCCAGAUGAGGAUGAAACAAGUAACCUUAUAUGGUGGGAUUCUGCGGAUCAGCAGGAGCAGAUUGCAGAUUUUUUUCAGAGGAUCAACCAUUUUCCAGGAAUGGGGGAGAUCUGUAGGAAGGAUUUCUUAGCAAGAAAUAUGACCAAAAUGAUCAAGUCUAGGCCUCUGGAUUAUACCUUUGUUCCUCGAACAUGGAUCUUCCCUGCUGAAUAUACACAAUUCCAGAACUAUAUGAAAGAACUGAAGAAAAAAAGAAAGCAGAAAACUUUUAUAGUAAAACCAGCUAAUGGUGCAAUGGGUCAUGGGAUUUCUUUGAUAAGAAAUGGGGACAAACUUCCAUCUCAGGAUCAUUUGAUUGUUCAAGAAUACAUUGAAAAGCCUUUCCUAAUGGAAGGUUACAAAUUUGAUUUACGAGUUUAUAUUCUAGUAACAUCGUGUGAUCCAUUAAAGAUAUUUCUCUACCAUGAUGGACUUGUGCGAAUGGGAACAGAGAAGUACAUUCCUCCUAACGAGUCCAAUUUGACCCAGUUAUACAUGCAUCUGACAAACUACUCUGUGAACAAACACAAUGAGCGUUUUGAAAGGGAUGAAACUGAGAACAAAGGCAGCAAACGUUCCAUCAAAUGGUUUACAGAAUUCCUACAAGCAAAUCAGCAUGAUGUUACUAAGUUUUGGAGUGAUAUUUCUGAAUUGGUUGUUAAGACCCUGAUUGUAGCAGAACCUCAUGUCCUACAUGCAUAUCGAAUGUGCAGACCUGGUCAACCUCCAGGAAGUGAAAGUGUCUGCUUCGAAGUCCUGGGAUUUGAUAUUUUGUUGGACAGAAAACUAAAGCCAUGGCUUCUGGAGAUCAAUCGAGCUCCAAGCUUUGGAACUGAUCAGAAGAUUGACUAUGAUGUAAAAAGGGGAGUGCUGUUAAAUGCACUGAAGCUGCUAAACAUCAGGACCAGUGAUAAAAGGAGGAACUUGGCCAAACAAAAAGCUGAGGCUCAAAGGAGGCUUUACGGUCAAAAUUCAAUAAAAAGGCUCUUACCAGGUUCCUCAGACUGGGAACAGCAGAGACAUCAGUUGGAGAGGCGGAAAGAAGAGUUGAAAGAGAGACUCGCUCAGGUACGAAAGCAGAUCUCUAAAGAAGAACAUGAAAAUCGGCAUAUGGGGAACUAUAGACGAAUUUAUCCUCCUGAAGAUAAAACGCUUCUUGAAAAGUAUGAAAAUUUAUUGGCUGCUGCCUUUCAGACCUUCCUUUCAGGAAGAGCAGCUUCAUUCCAGCGAGAGCUGAACAAUCCUUUGAAAAAGAUGAAGGAGGAAGAUAUUUUGGAUCUUCUGGAACAAUGUGAAAUUGAUGAUGAAAAGUUGAUGGGCAAAUCUGCCAAGCCUCGAGGACCAAAGCCUCUGUGUUCCAUGCCCGAGAGUACCGAGAUAAUGAGAAGACAGAAGUACUGCAGUAGUGACAGCAGUUAUGAUAGUAGCAGCAGCUCUUCAGAAUCAGAUGAAAAUGAAAAAGAAGAGUACCAAAAUAAGAAAAGAGAAAAGCAAGUUACUUAUAAUCUUAAACAGUCCAACCACUACAAAUUAAUUCAACAAUCCAGCUCCAUAAGGCGCUCAUUCAGUUGCCCUCGGUCUAUCUCUUCUCAAUCAUCUUCCAGUGCGGACAUCCGCCCCUUUUCUGCUCAACAGAUGAUAUCAGCAUCCCGGGCAACUUCAGGGUCUCGGUCACAUUCCUUAAACCGUGCUUCCUCCUACAUGAGGCAUCUGCCUCAUAGUAAUGAUGCCAGCUCUACUAGCUCUCAGAUGAGUGAGUCUUUGCAGCAACUGAGAACAAAAGAACAAGAAGAUGAUCUAACAAGUCAGACCUUAUUUGUUCUCAAGGAUAUGAAGAUCCGAUUUCCAGGAAAAUCAGAUGCAGAAUCGUUACUUCUGGUGGAAGAUAUCAUUGAUAACUGGAAGUAUCAUAAAACGAAAGUUGCUUCAUAUUGGCUAAUAAAAUUGGACUCUGUAAAACAACGAAAAGUUUUGGAUAUAGUGAAAACAAGUAUUCGUGCCGUUCUUCCACGCAUCUGGAAGGUAUCUGAUGUCGAUGAAUUAAAUUUAUAUCGGAUUUUUAACCGAGUUUUUAAUCGCUUACUCUGGAGUCAUGGCCAAGGACUAUGGAACUGUUUCUGUGAUUCAGGAUCCUCUUGGGAGAGUAUUUUCAGUAAAAGCCCGGAGGUGGUGACUCCUUUGCAGCUCCAAUGUUGCCAGCGCCUGGUUGAGCUUUGUAAACAGUGCCUGCUAGUGGUUUACAAAUAUGCAAGUGACACAAGAGGAUCGCUCUCAAGCAUUGGUACCAAUUGGGGUAAUUCCAGGUAUUUACUACCAGGAAGUACACAAUUCUUCAUGAGAACACCAACCUACAACUUGAAAUACAGUUCACCCGGAAUGACUCACUCCAGUGUUUUGUUUACAUCACGAUAUGACCAUUUGUGAAACAGAAAAGAAGCUCGCCAUGGGUUAUGCAUAAUAGCAGUUCAUUUUCUCCCUAAUUUAAACAUGCAAAGAAAGCAACCAUUAAGUGCUGUUUUAUGUAUAUACGACAUAUAUGUGUGAAAAUAUAUACACACAUGCACUCAAAUAACAUAUAUAUUUAUUAUAUGAAAGAAGAAUUAGCAGAAAACUGGAUAUAAGACUUAACCUUUCUGGAAAUGUAAUAAACCAUGUUAAUACUGUUUACACAAAUAUGUGGAUGUCUAGAAUUUGCUAGGUUUAUAACUAAUACCUUCCUACUAGAAAUGUUAUUUUUGCUGCAGAAUAUAUAAAACAGAAUUUGAUCCUGAAGAUCCCAUUACAGUGUUAAAUUAUUUUCUAGAUAACACGUCUUUUGACUUGAAAAAGCAUUAAUAGUAUAAUACCUUAUUAAUUCUCUUAUGUAUAGUAGCCAUUUAAAAUGAAAAAAAUUAGAAUCCUGGUGUUGCUUGAUGAUAGGAUUAAGUAUAAAACGGGUUUAUCAUAACUGUAGCACACUGUAAAGUACUAUAAAAAUCCCAACCUGAUUCUUCAACAUUUUAUUCCUCUAUGUGGAAAUUUAGCUACUAAUGAUAAUGUACAUUUUCAGUAAGGAUCUCGAAGUUCAUAUUAUGAUCUAAAAUGAAAGACAAUCCAGUGAGUUAAAAAUAAAGAAAACAUAAACUAGCUUUUAGUUUUACUUUUCAUUGGGAAUCACAUAAAGAACAAAAAAUGAUGAUAAUGACAAAAUCGUAUAAUUUUUGUAUCUGAUACUACUCGCCUUUAUUUGGAAAGUAUAGCUCCAAUUGGUACUUAUGGUCAAAUACAUUUUUUUCUGUUCUUCGGAAGUAGUAGAAUUUACUUUUCAAAUUUAUUUCAAUUUUACAGGAUAAUGUCUCAUACUUCUAAGUUUUUCAAUGUUGAGACCAAUUUACAUUGCAAAGUCUAAUAUACAGUUUUACAUGGCACCAAAGGAAAUAAUCUAAAUUAUUGCAAAUAGAAGAUUCUGAUCACUGGAUAUUAUUAGUCAUGAUGUACCCUUGAGAAGUCUUUUUAAAUUACAGUAUGAAGUUUCUUUUCAUUCGAAGUUAUUUUGCAUAAGUUUCAUAGCCGUUUACUUUUCUCCCUGACAGUUUCAAAAACGAGUAAGCUUUCACUUUUCCAUGAAAAUAUAAAGAACAUGAUCAUCGACAUGGCAAUCCUUAGAAAUUGCAAUAUUCACCCAGAAGUUUUAUUUUCUAACGGAUGCUAAUUAUUUGCAAAAUUCAUGAAUGUUUUACCUCCUUUUAUUAAUCUAAAAGCUAUUUCCAAUAAAUCAAGAAAUGACCCCAAAGUCAAAGGAGAAUUGAGGGAGGCAAACUGGCCUGGUUUAAUUAACAAGCUGGAUAAUUGGCACCCCAAAGUUAUAAGUUAGAUAUACUUUGCUCUUAAGGCCAUAUUCUAAGACUGUUUUUGGCUAAAAUAGGUUAUUUUCUAAGUUAUUGCUAGCUACUUGACUCUUAUGCCUACCUAGCAUCCAUAUUCCAAUAGAUACUUUUUCUUGCUAUAUUCCUCCCAAAGAAGAAUUUGUUAUUGUCUUUUUGGUGCAAGAGAAUAAGGAUGUCAGGAUGAAGGAAAUUACAGUGUAACUGAGUGUUGGUGACUUUAUUUUGUGAAUUCUUAAAUAUGUUACAGAAUUUUUUAGAAUAAAUAAUGCAAAGAUUGGGCUAUUACAAAAUUAUUAGAAGAAUGAUCAGCAAGUAGGCCUUUUCAUGGAGUAUUUUUAGUCAUUUUUCUUUUAAAUUCACAAUUUGUCCAUGAAUGAGACAAUUUCAAGUGUCUGGUAUAUGAUAUCAGUACAGUUUGUUGGCCACUCACUUGUGUUAGUUUAAAUAAAAAAAUGGUUAUUUAAUUUGCUAGAGUAAACGCUUUGGAACUUCUGUUCUUAGUUGCAUAAGAGUGAAAUUUCUAUUUAAGAAUGUCUGACAUGGGGAUGAGCCCUGUCACCCUAGGAAAAAAACAGAAUGCAAAAAAAUUUAAAAACCAAGAGUAAAUUUAAAUACAUAAAAUGAUGCAAAUAAUUGAUUAAAACAUUUCCUUUCUCUAGUUAUUUAAGUCUGCUUUUUUCUGAGCAGUAUAAAUAGGCCCACAUUCGCCCAUUUAUACUGAUCCAGUUUGCUAUGAUGAAGUUGUAAAUAAAGCCAUGGACUCAUUAUUUAUAUCUACUACCUGGUAUGCUGUGGUCUAUGGUUGCUGUAGUACUUAUUCUCUAAUGAGAAACCAAGAAGAGAAGAUGCAGUAAUAAACUAGAAAGUCUCCAGAGGCCAUAGAAAUGUUUAGAAGUAUAAAAUAUUUCUUAGUUUUUCUUAUACAUUUUUUAUUCAUGGAGUUAAAACAUGUCAGUAUAAGUGAUAGUGUGGCUUUGGCUCUCUCUUCUAGGAGAGAAAAUAAGUAUCUGAAAAAUUCCACAAGCUAUUCAACCUUACCAGGAGUUUUUAAUAGGGAAUUUGGUUUAUUUAUAAUAAAAGCAUAUUUUUAUUCUGUUAUUUAAAAAAAUCCCUGAUCAUUCUGUAAAUCUAAGAUUGGAAUGCUUCCCAGAAGUGUAUACGAUUGCAAUGAUUUCCAGAACUGUAUAAAAAGCAAACUUUUUAUUUUAAAUCAUCAUCUGUGAACAUAGUAUGAGAUUGCAGAUUAGUUUUCACUUUAAUAAUCCAGGAUUGUGGAUUAGUUGCCAUUUGUAAUCUGCCGAAAGAAAUACUGUGAUUCUUAUUACGAGUAUUGUUACUAGCAAUAAAUUUUAUUUUACUUUAAUUUCAUUUACCUUGCAUAUAUAAAAAUGAAAUUAUAAUAGGGCCAUAUGUGGAAAUGGCAACAGUAACCUCUGCCUAGAACAUAGUUGAAUAUUCCUGGUUAUCUAUAAGAUGCAAAGAUAUAUACAAAUAUCUGUAGGUCUAAAUACACAAAAAGUCUUACUAAUUUCUUCUCCCUAAAACUAAAAUGAACCAACUCAAACAAAAACCCCAACCUUCUUUUCAUUUAAUAUUUACACGCGACUAGAUGACAGUGAUUUCUAGACAUCAAGAAAAAGAUUUCAUUCUAAUUCUCUUUUUAAUUUGGAAUGUAUAUGACUGUAGAAUUUUGUUACCUAACUGGAAAUUUCAGGUGUUUUAAUAUAAAUUAAUCCAAAUAUUUUCUUCUUUAGCGUGUUAAAGCCAUUUCAUUUAAAAAUUCUCUUUAAAUCUAAACAUACACACUACUUGACCUUUUUGAAAGUACCAAAAAAUUGAUAGUUGCAUAAAUGCUAUUAUUUUUAGUUUUCUAUAAAGCACUAAUUUAUUCUUAAAUGUAUACUCUUUUUAAAAUAAUAGCAAAUACCUCGAAAAGAAUGACAGAAAAUACUUUUCCAUUCUGUUCUCUAAAGCUGAUUUACAUUUUGAGUCUUAGUUAACUUGAUUCUAAUGGUUAAACAAUAAAAAGUAUAACUACAA